AACUUAGCCUUGGACCAACUUCAGUUUCUACAUUCAUCCAAAGAAGGAACAUCUGCCAUUGCCAGAAGGGUAACUUUUUUUGGUUUUAGAUUCUCCUUUUGUUCUUGUUCUAACGCUUUCAGUCGGUGUCUCACGGUGAACAAUUUCCAUUCUCUCUUGGAAUUAAAGAAUGAAAAAGCAAAGGAAAGUUUGAAAAUGAUGUAUGGGAAUCAAUCUGAUAGCUGUUACGGAUUACAGGUCCAAGUGAAUGGGAAUUUAAUAGUGAAUGGUUUUGGGCAGCAGCAGGGGAAGGAGAUGAUGGCAUCCUUUAAUAAGAGCUGGGCUCAGCAGACUGAGGAGAGUUACCAGUUGCAGUUGGCACUGGCUUUGCGAGUUUCUUCACAGGCUGCUUCUGCUGCUGAUUCUUACUUCUUGGAUUUCAAUUCUGAUGCUAAUAAGAAUAAUAGAAAUGACACUUUUCCUCUGACUUCACAGGAUGUGUCUCAUCGAUUCUGGGUAAAUGGCAGUCUGUCUUAUUUUGAUAGAAUUUUAGAUGGGUUUUACCUAAUCCAUGGAAUGGACCCUUAUGCAUGGACCAUAAGUGCUGACCAAGGAGAGAUUGGCCAGAUGCCAUCGUUUGACUCAUUGAAGGCCAUUGAUCCUCAUGAUGAUUUAUCAAUUAAAGUUGUUCUGAUUGAUAAAUUGAGGGAUCCUAGAUUGAGGGAACUUCAAAAUUGUGUUCUCAAAAUUUCUAGUAGCUGGGUGAGCACAAAAGAUGUAAUUGAUCAGCUUGCACGUCUUGUCUGUAACCAAAUGGGGGAUGCAGCCUCUUCUGAAGAAGGUGUUUAUAGACAAUGGAAGGAGUGCACCAAAGUUCUGAAGGACUGCCUAGGCUCUAUCGUGUUUCCAAUUGGAAGCCUAUCUUUUGGCCUUUGUGUCCAUCGUGCCUUACUGUUUAAGGUAUUAGCAGACUUGGUUAACCUACCAUGCCGAAUCACUAAGGGCUGUAAAUAUUGCCAGAGGGAAGAUGCUUCAUCCUGUCUUGUGCAGUUGGGUGUUGACAGGGAAUAUUUGGUUGAUAUGUUUGCAGAGCCCGGAGCCUUAAGCCGGCCAGAUUCCUCACUAAAUGGUACAUCUUCAAUUUUAGUUUCUUCACCGCUAUGUCAUCCAAGAUUUAAACUGGUUGAAACUGCUACAAGCAUCAGGAAAUUGUCCAAGCUCUAUUUUGUUGAUGAUCAAUCUUGUAAACAAGCAUUUGAUGAUGCUUCCUCAGCAGAUAAUGCUAGCAAUCAAGAUGACCAAACUGGUCCACAGCUUAGUAAGGCAGUUGAUAUGCAUUACUUUUACAAGAACAAGCCUGUUUCCACCUUAAUCAACAACAAUGGAUCUACUCUGUCACCUCUGCACCAGAGAACUGCAUGGAAUAUCUACUGUGAUAAAGAUCUUCAGAUGCAAAACUCAUCAAAUUUGAUGCCAAAGGCCAUUGCCUCAUCACAUUUGGUCAGAAGUCCUCUUCUGCCAAGUUCUGUCCCAUCUGGUAUGCACAAAGAUGCUUGUCAAGCUUUAGCAUUCUCUGAUCCAAGGCAAUGUACCAUGAAUUCUGUGCUGUUCAAGCAAUCAGAUCAGCCAGUAAUGAGCUUUGACUGGGGAGAUUUGGAUAUUCCUUGGAGUGAACUUGUCUUACAAGAUAAAAUUGGAGCAGGUUCUUUUGGAACAGUCCAUCGUGCUGAAUUGCGUGGUUUUGAAGUUGCUGUCAAAAUUCUCUUGGAACAAGGUUUCCAUGCAGAACGCUUCAGGGAAUUUUUAAGGGAGGUUGCCAUCAUGAAACGUUUACGGCACCCUAACAUUGUUCUUUUUAUGGGUGCCGUUACUCAACCGCCGAAGUUGUCCAUUGUUACUGAAUAUUUGUCAAGAGGCAGUCUAUUUAGACUUUUGCAGAUGCCUGAUGCUGAAUUGGUAUUAGAUGAGAGGUGUCGCUUGAAUAUGGCAUUAGAUGUGGCAAGGGGAAUGAAUUAUCUUCAUCAACUUAAACCUCCCAUUGUUCAUCGGGACUUAAAGUCCCCAAAUCUUUUGGUAGACAGUACUUAUACGGUUAAAGUCUGCGAUUUUGGUCUUUCACGUUCAAAGGCAAAUACAUUUCUUUCGUCAAAAACAGCUGCUGGAACUCCGGAGUGGAUGGCACCAGAAGUUCUCUGCGAUGAACCAUCAAAUGAGAAAUCUGAUGUUUACAGUUUUGGAGUAGUUCUAUGGGAACUUGUGACCCUGCAACAACCAUGGAAGAAUUUAAAUCCAGCACAGGUUGUAGCAGUUGUAGGUUUUAAAGGUAAAAGGCUGGAGAUCCCAAGCAAUGUAAACCCAGUUGUGGCUUCCUUGAUUGAGCUUUGUUGGGCUAACAAUCCUUCCAAACGCCCUUCAUUCUCCUAUGUCAUGGAAUGUUUGCACCAAGUGAUCACAAAUACUGCAUCUCAAGAAUUUCAUCGACAAAUUUCGUGAUUGGCUUAAAGGUGGUUACAAAAUAUGUACAUGUAAGCAUAUGCCUUCCAUCUACUUAUUGUUCGGGUCUGUCAUGUGUGCUGUCUUUUAUAUUAACUAAGAUAUAUCCUGAAUUUUGAAAAUCCAUCGUACUCUGGAGAUUUUAAAUUUUCCUACUGUUACAAGCAUGUAUUUACUCAGCUGCAUCCAUCCCUUAGAGUUCCCUUAGUAGUCAUCUGUAUUCCAAAUAUCAAAUAUCUUAUUGACAGAUGUCUCCUUAGAUGCAUAAAGUACUGUAUAUUAUCUCUAAAAAGUUUAGUCCUGUGCAUUGGGUCUUGGAAGGUUGACUGGCAGAUGUGCUAUUCUUUGAGCGUUUGCUAAAGAGGCCACUUUCAAAACUCAAACUGGCACUCUUGCACUGGCCAAGCUGAGACUUUCAAUUAGUGACUUUGUAUGUAAUCAUUGCUAAAGAAAUAUACAAAGAAGGACAAAAAAAGGAUGAUCA